AUGGAACGCUUCAAAGUUUCUGUUAAAGUUAAUAAUGAUGCAUUCUUUAUUUGGCUUCCUAAAGCUGCAACGCUUACAGGAAUACGUGACAUACUUUCGGAAAGACAUGGUAUAAAAAUGGGACGUAAAGCGUAUUUUAUAUGCUUAAAGAAAAAUGGCUCACCUAAAAUUCCGCUAUGCGAGGAAAAGGACAUUUGCAUUGAAGAUGUCAUUGACGCUGAGAAAACUUUGGAAAUAAAGGGCGAGCUUGAACCAAACUGGGCUGAUAUUAUCGAAAAAAAUUCACUUGAAUGUGGACUAUUUUUCACGGAUGAGGGACUAAAGUGUUCAGCGAGAAAAGCAUUUAAAAUUAUAAAACAUCCGAAGGAUACAUUGCGAAGACCAAUUACUUCGGAUCAAGAAGUAAUUUGUAAAACGGAAAUAGACAAUAUUAGUGUAAAAAAUUUAUUCGUCACGACAAACCUAUGUGUAAACCUGCCAUAUGUACCAAUUUCUGCGAAGCUUGGUGGCGCUUACCAAUCGAAUUUUAUCGAUCAUUACAAUAAGAAGAAAUUUGAAACAUAUUAUAAAUCAAUAAGAAUACAUGCGAUAUUUCCAAUGUCUGAAUUAGAAGUUGAGCCAACUGAAGAAUUUAUUUCAGCAGUAGACGAAGCACUCAAUUCAAAAAAUUGCCGUAACUCCCUUGAACAAGUCACAAAAGAGUUUGGUCAAUUUUGGUGUAAAAAAUUAGGAAUUGGUGGAUGCAUUUUGUAUGUUAAAAAAGGAGGAUCAAAUAGUUAUGAAAUUGAUAACGACAAAAAUAAAGAAGGUUUUAUUAAUUCUUGUAUUGGAGGAUCAGUUGGGCGAGGUAGAAAUCAAAGAAUUGCAGAAACUAACGAAUACACGCACGCUUAUUUUCAAUGUCGUGGCGGCUUGGAAAAAAAUUAUCAUGAACACGGAAUGAGUGGAUGGAUUACGUCAUUAGAAGAUUAUAAAACGUGGGAGGUGGCCGCAAUUUCUGAUGUUCAUUCAAUAUUUGAUAUUCUUGAUGAAGAAAGAAGGAUAAAAGUAGCCAUGAAACUUAAAAAAAGAAUCAUUUAUUCUAAGGUUGAAAAAUUAGAAUUUAGAAUGGAUAUUUCCAAAUCGAAGCCACACGUUUACAAAAUUCCGGUAGAAUACAACCUAUCGAAUUAUCAAAUUUUUGUUACAGAAAUGAAAGAUGACAACUCAGAUACAAUAUUCGCUUCUCGAGUUCAUUAUAUCAGCGAUAAAGAUCAGCCUGUAAUUCUAUUACAUCGACUUGGGUCAUUGAACAAAACACCAAAAUAUCAAAUAUUUUCAAUUAAUUUGGGUUGGAUCGUACUUGGAACAUCAACCAUGUUGAAUCUGCUCGAACAAAAACUAGAUUUUGAAAGUGGAGAAUCACAAAUCACAACGAAAAAUGAAUAUUGCUCAGCAAUUAUACCCUCGCGUUUGCUAAAUCCGAAUGAGAGUCUAUUGGCUACAUGUGUUUCAAGAUCUACAAAUUUGCAAGAAGAUUACGCGACUUCAAAAUAUGUUACAAGAUCGCAUUUUGUUUAUAACGAUAAGAAUGGUGUUAUCAAGGCUUGUGCUUUUUGUUAUGAUUUAGAAAGAAAAGAACUAGUUUAUCAAUUGGAUGGUUUAAACACAAAAUUUUCAAUCAAUUACAGCAUAAUAACCGGGGUAGAAACUAAAAAAUUCGGACAAGCACAAAUAAAACGUCAACGCGGUAAAGAGGGUAUUCAUAAAAAAAGAUUUGAAAUCGAGUUUGAUAAAUCUCAGCAAAUGUCACUAUCAUGUCCGCAAAGCCCGUUUUUUGUUAACCUAGUCCUGGAUAAAUGUCCAAAAUCCUGUCCACAUGGAGUAUUUAAUAUUACAACAACUUAUGCAGAAUUUAAAUUUAUUAACUCUGACUAUCUCGGUAGUAGUUUGAAAAAUAAGCAAAUUGCCUAUUUUCUUGUUUGA